AUGCUGUUCAAUAGAGUUUGGCUGUGCGUCUUCUUUGCCUUUUUCGGGCUCAUUUCCUCUGAACUGCAGGAGAUAACGCCUGAUACCGGGCUGACAGAGGUGAUUGAAGAUUUGCAUGAUGAAUUGCGUGAACUGCUCACCGAAGAGGAAUGGAAUGCUUUCAGCGAUCGGUAUUACGCCGAAUACGAUCUACUUGAUGGAUUGAACGUUAACUCGCUUCUGGGAAUGCUUGGCAAGCCAUAUGCUGACAACAAGACCUGCCACAUGUGCAACACCCUCAUUGGGCUUGGUCGACAGAUUAUGACCAGCAAAGAAGUGCUCAUGGGCCUGGUUUCGGGCGUUUGCAAGGACUCAGAUUCGCUCUCCAAACGAGCUUGCACUGAACUUCUGGAGCGAUUUGCCGACCCAGUUGUUUGGCUGUUUAAGAACACCAAACUGGCUACAGAAGAAAUCUGCUCUCUGCUUGUGGGCCACGGUUGCUUGGGAUUCCUCGAGUACAGAGGCAGCAAUGCUUCGAUCACCUGGGAGCUGCCUCUGCCAGCAAAAGCUGAGUACAAGCCAAAACCGGCCACUCCAGGUGUUGUGAAGAAGGUGCUCCACUUGACGGACAUUCACCUUGACCUGUGGUACACCGUUGGAGCGCCGGCAAAGUGCAAUGAGCCACUGUGCUGCCGCAGUACCAGUAACGGCGACAAUGUACCCCACGAUGUCUGGAACACCACCCAGCCAAUCAAUCUGCGCCACAUUCACACCGUCUCCGGAAUCGUCAGCGUGGCCUUCAACAACAUCCCCGUCUUCCCGGUGUUGGGCAACCAUGAGGUGCACCCAAUCAACCUGUACAUUCCUGAAGCUGUCCGCACAAAGGACGCCAACCAGUCGAUGACGUGGCUGUACAACACACUGACCGCCGAACACGACUACUGGGCCAAGUGGCUGGACACCGAGGAGAUUCGCAAAACUUUCCACCGAGGUGGCUACUACUCGAAGAUGUUCUCGCCCAGCUGGAAGGUCAUUGUACUCAACUCGAACGUCGCUCAGAAGCAGAACUUUUGGAUUCUCUACAAUCCAGUCGAUCCUGAUGGACAGCUGGCGUGGCUCAUUAGUGAGCUAGAUCAUGCUGAGAAAACUGGCGCUAAAGUGACCAUUCUGGGCCACGUUCCGCCCAGGCACGAAAACUACGACGCUUGGGUGCACAAUUACAUUCGAAUUGUGGAUCGCUUCCAGGACGUGAUUGCCAGCACUUACUACGGACACACGCACAAAGACGAGGUGGUCGUCCUGUACAAUCACGAGAAAAAACCCGUUUCUGUGUCCUACAUCUCUGGGUCUCUGACAACGUUUUCCAAUCUGAACCCACAGUACACCAUCUUCGAAGUGGAUUCAAAC